UUCAACGGAUUUGAAACGUCGUCACUUUAGAAACGUGUUUCUAACUUGUUAACUGAACUCAACCCUGUACUGCAUGGGUAGCUGCUCGCAGGAAAAAGAAGAGCAAAUGGGUGGACUUGUUUGUGUUUUCGGGCGCAGUUAUUUCAGGAAAAAUUGAAAUGUGUUGUUUCUUUUUAACACCUUGCCUGGUGCUGCAGGCUGUGCUCCUGCUGAGCAGCGGUGCUGACGCUCUGCAGGUGAUUGAUGGAAGCGUGACAGUCGUUCAAGGCGAUACAGCUAUCUUACCUUGCAAACUCAGACUCACUGACUCCACGGAAGACUUGACACAGAUUACCUGGCAGAGGAGGACCAGAGAAAAACCCAGUAAUGACAAUUUUAUCACUGUUGGACCAAGUCAAGAAACACGGUUUGUCAAUGGACGUGAUGAUCGAUUUAAAUAUAUCGGGAAUUUUAAUGACAAAAAUGCAACUCUCCAGUUAUCCAAUGUUGCCCUGAAGGAUGAAGGCAGCUACACGUGCAUCUUCACCCUGUUUCCCAGUGGAAAUCAGAAGAUUGAAAUACCUCUAAAAGUGAUUGUGCCUCCUUUCACAAGCGUCAAGGAGAAUCUUCUGACUUUGGGCACAGAAGAGGUUUUAUUUGCUACCUGCACGGCUGCUGGAUCGAAGCCUCCUGCAGAGGUGAGGUGGCUCACUGGUGCUUUGGGAGACAAAGUGAGGACGACAACAAACUCCAUCCAGUAUGACAACGGUAUGACUACCACAGUCAGCUCAUUGUUUGGCGUUCCUACGAGAGAGAUUAAUGGUCAACAGGUCCAGUGUGUCAUCAGCGGUGACUUCCUGACUAAAGAAAUAAGUCUGCCCUUCAACAUACAAGUCUCCUUCUCUCCCACAGAAGUGAACAUCAGCCUGAUUUCAGAGGACACAUUUGAGUGCGUGGCAGAAGCCAACCCAAAAGCCAAAUAUAACUGGAGCAGAUCUGGCCAGCCUUUGCUGGAGUCUGCUGUCAAAGUAGAGGGUGCGAAGCUACAACUGCUGAGUCUGACCUCUGGUCUAAACGGCCUCUAUCGAUGUAAAGCAUCUAAUCCACAUGGAAGUAAACACAGUCAGCUCUAUGUGCAUGUGGCAUCAGGAACUCGCUCUACUGCUUGGACUUUAUUUGGCCUUUUGGUUUCCCUCAAUGUCAUUGGAGCUGCAGUAUGGGGCUUUUCUAAAUCUGAAUAUUUUAAAAAGCGGUAUCAUCUAGUUUCAAAAGAUUCUAAAAAUGGGACUAAUAGCCAAAGAGAAAUACUCCAGGAAAAGGAUCUGAAUUGUCUCUCUCGGGGAUCUCAGCUGACAGCUGUGGAAAGCAGAAAUGGAUAAUACAGCACCUGUACUGAGGGCUCCACCAACGUGUCAUUGCAGACUGAGGAAUAAACAGAUAAGGACCAGGUUAAAGUACUUGGUAUCAUUUACAUUCCUCCCCCAUUGACAUUUCUCCAUUAAUGAAUGCAACACUGCAAAGUUCACUAAACAUAGAUGCUUACAUUUUUCAUUUAUU